UACUGCUUGACGAAGGAGAAAUGUUCUAGAACUCCGAAAGAGGGUUCUUGAGUUCUUGCUGCCGUAUGGUCAACACGCCUUUCGGAGUACCGAGUGCGUUUGGAACUUAGCAUCCGGAGAGAGGGUGGAGGAGUGAACAGCGUUUUUCGUGUGCGGCCAAUCACGUAUCCUUUGUCCUCGUUUGCGACCCCUCAUCACUCACACACACACAUCACACGAUUUUCGUGGCACGGCGUAUGUCAUGAAUUCGGACGAAUAUGAGCAGCUACCGACGACGAGCGUGACGGCCAUCAUGACUGCCGGUGCGAUUGCCGGUAUAAUGGAGCAUUGUGUCAUGUAUCCGCUCGACUCCGUCAAGACGCGCAUGCAAUCGCUCACACACAUGAGGGCACAUGACACGAUCAUGUCAACACUGCGUGACAUGGUGCGGACCGAGGGUCCGCUACGACCGUUCCGCGGUGUGAUGGCGGUCGUGGCCGGUGCGGGCCCGGCGCACGCACUUUACUUCGGAGCGUACGAAUGCUCGAAGGAGCUGAUCGCCACCGUGUCCGAUCGCGAUCACGUCAACUAUAUGCUUUCGGCGGCUGCAGCUACUCUCGUACACGAUGCUGUCUCAAAUCCGGCCGACGUGGUAAAGCAGCGGCUACAGAUGUACAAUUCACCGUACAGGUCAAUCUUGCACUGUGCCAGUCAGGUGUACCGGACGGAGGGCUUCCGUGCAUUCUAUCGCUCCUACUCGACGCAGCUCGUUAUGAACAUACCCUACUCGGCGAUCCAGUUCCCGACGUAUGAAUUCUUCCAGAAACUGCUCAACAAAGACAAUAACUACAACCCCCCGGUGCAUAUGGUCGCCGGCGGAGUGGCUGGAGCGGCCGCUUCCGCCCUUACCACACCGCUCGACGUGUGCAAGACGUUACUGAACACACAGGAGGAUGGUGCCGGGAAGACGCGCGGGUUGUUGGAAGCUGGGAAGAAAAUCUACGCCACGGCCGGACCGAUGGGUUUCUUCAAAGGGAUGCAGGCACGGGUGCUCUAUCAGAUGCCAGCCACCGCCAUUUGUUGGUCGACUUACGAAUUUUUCAAGUAUAUGCUUUCACGGACCAAGAAGCAACCGUCCGGUUGUGGCGUCGUGACACCAGCAGGAACCACCCGAGCGUUAGCAACGGAACCGCUACUUUCAGAGGAUGCGUCAAGCAAGGCGGCCACGAUCACCGAACUGCGGUACAUGAUGAUUCCGGCGGCUACGUCUGUGAGUGCAGAAGCGUCGCCUGGAGGCUGCAGUGGCAUUGGGAGUGCCAGUUUGCUGAUUCGCUCCGAGCGGGAAGGUAGCGGUAAUUUGUCGGCGGUCGACACUAAACCAGCAGCAGGAAGUGGUGUUAGCAGUGGUGGAUUGAUUCCGCGAGGUGGUCCAGAACUGCCGGCCCUAUCGGGAGCCGGCAUUUACGGUGCGAUGAGCUACAACACGAUGCACUCGAACGAUACGAAUCACCUUACCGAUGUACGGCGAACGAACUAAGUUGCGAAGUGGUGUGGACGUGGUAGUUGAGGGAGAUUGUGCAGGUCCAGGAUCGGGUCCGCUCGGAGCGUUCCACCGCGGAUGUCAUCGACAUUACUAAGUUUAUAAUAUUGUUGGUUUAGCGUGUUAGACAACAAUGCAAACAUUGAGCGACAGCGAGGCGCAGUUCAUCAGAGAGAAAUAGCUUUGGGGACGCGAUGCGCCAUAUGUAAAGACUUUGGUGGAAUUUCAAGCAAAGGUAUCUGUUCGUGGACAGUCAGUCAGUCGCAGCAUCUAUGCACCAUUUGCUGAGUACAGAGUUUUGUUAAGUUUAUACUUUCUCCCCGUCACCAGCCUCGCCGUCUAUGGCUGCACUGCACAGCGGAGAAAACAGUUGCAAAGAAACACGAGAGAGUACUAGUGAGAGGUGGUGGAAGUCGGUUCGAAAAACAACAUACAUGCUGAUUCAGAAUAUAGAAAGACUCCCAACAGGUAGCUGCUGUGUGGAACGCUGUGUAGAUGUGUUGCCCGCUGCCAUUUGUGGCGUGUGUUUCGCGCCAUGUGGUGCUUAGUGCCGAUGCCAAAUUAUUUGCGGCCAUUGAUAGUGUUUAGAGCGGUUCUGGGGAAUUUUCCCGUUCUCAGUGAUUCUCUCUAGUAAAACGGACCGAUGUCUAGAAGACAUGGUCUGUGGUCGUGCAUGGCACGUGAAUUGUAUGGAGCAACACUAAGCAAACGCAUCGAUGGCCCCAUCUGAUAGGGCAGUAGAAAUAGGAUUUCCAAAUUUGCGGCAAGCAUUGGCAAUGAGUGCGAGUGUCCUGCGUUACUGUUGCACGUCAUCGGACGCCUGUACAGAAUAUUUUAAACAGCAAUUUUGAAAAUUUUAUUUCAAGGCACAAACAUGAUUCCUAUGAAAUUGGGAUGAUGUCGAAAGGUUUCGGUUUCAAGUUAGCGUUUUUGUCUGCAUUUCGAAAAGCAGCGUGGCAAAUAAAUCUUGUCAAAAAUAUACUUCAUACUUAUUUGUUAUUGAUUUCCUGUUGCUCGUAUUUGCGGUCCGUCGUCAGGGCAACAUGAUCAGGGCUCGUAAACCAUAUUUUGUCAAGAACGUCCUUUGAUGAAUGCUUUGUUUUCGUCUGGCUAAGUCAAUUAUUCGACUAAGUAGAAAGCAGGCCGACCUCUGGGUUAUAUGAAUCAAUGCUUUGUGCUCGGCGAACACCACCGGUUAUGGUUAUGUUGUUCGUUGACACAUUUGGCUGGCGUCAAUUAACCACACAUAAGCCCACAGUUCAGCACACAAGCACGAUCAUGGCAUGCCUUGAAAAUGUAUGUAAAAGUCCAUCAAGCAUGAAUUGAAUGUUGAAAUUGAGAAAUUUAUUUAUCUUCCAUGCGCACGCUUUUUAUUUUCGGAAAGUUUGUUCAAGUAAAAAAAACAGGAAGUAGGAAGUUUGCCCAGCAUCACUCGAAAUAAAAAAAAAUCUACUGGCAAUAGCAGAACACACACAACCGUGCUCUCACAGCAAAUACAGUGCUAGAAACCGACAUGGACGAAAAAAAUAAAACCUAUUUCGACACCUGUAUAUGCGAUGAAACAGUUGAAUAACA